AGCCCGACGGCGACGGACGAUCCGAGGGCGCGCGACGGAACAAAUUAUUUCACCGUGAGAAAUUAAGAGUUUUUAAUAGGAGCGAGAAGUGGAGGUUCGAACCGCCGCAGUUCGGCAGAGAUGGAGAACAAGCAACAGGGCCUGCUGGAGACGGAGCCGCUGCAGGAGGUGGAUGAAGAUGCCGUGUCAGAGGUGGACCUGAGCAACAGUGUCAGCGAGGAGGAGAGAGAGGAGAUACAGACAGAGCUGGCCAAGUUAGAGGAAGAGAUCUCCACCCUGAAGCAAGUCCUGGCAGCCAAGGAGAAACACCAUGCUGAGCUGAAGCAGAAACUGGGCAUAACCCCACUCGGCGAGCUCCGGCAGAACUUUUGUAGGAGCUGGUAUGACAUGCAGUCCUCCACGGCGUACCGGAAGACCUCGGAGACAAUAAGCACAGCUGGGCAGAAGACUUCGGCGGCUUUGAGCAACUUGGGAACUGCAAUUAGCAGAAAGUUUGGGGAUAUGAGAUCAAACUCUAUUGGCUACUCAAUCCGGCACUCCGUGAGCAUGCCGACCAUGAGGAACUCCCCCAGUUUCAGGUCUUUUGAGGAGAAGGUCGAAAGCACAGUUUCCUCUUUAAAGCAGUCCAAGGUGGGAGGGGCCAAUAGCGGGGGCAGCUUUGAGGAGGUGCUGUCCUCCACAGCGCACGCCAGCGCCCAGGAAACGCCCACCAACCACCACCCGCUGGAGAACAGCGAACGGACUUGCUAGGAUCAGCAGCCCUACGCGCUGUGCACUCUGGCGCCCCCUGAAGGCUCGGCGGUCACGUAACCCCGAGGGCAAACCGCUACGACCCGCAGGCCUGAUGAAGCACACGCCAACAGCCCGCUUUCCAGACUUCACACGUCUCCCCUAGCCUGAGGUGCAUGCCACAGCUGUAAAGAGGUCCUCCGCUAUUACUCUGGAUAUUGCUUUUGUACUCCAAGAAUAGUGACAUUCUAAUUGUUUGUAAAUGUCUUUCACAGUUGUAUAAUGAAGCGUUUACCAUGGCUGACCAGAUGCUGGGGAUGGGAUAUAUUUAGGUGUUCCCUACCUCAUUUGUACCACUUCAGUCACCUGACAUGUACUCUGCAUUGUGCACCCAAACUGUUGCCUAACACCAUGUAUGGCCACCUGUCUUUUUUUUACUGAAGUAGUGUGCCACAAAGGUUACACUGAAUUACUGAGAUCAAGGGUAUUUUGUGUGAGGAAAUUAGGACAGACAGACAAAUCCAGGGCCAUUACCUCAAUGGUAAAUGCACUGGUUUGCUGUUUUCAAGUAUGACUAGUGACAUUCCUGUGCUGCGGACCAGCCAUGACUUAUUUAUACACAGAUCAGUUUUCCUAAUUGGAAUACAUUUUCUCCCCCCUACUGUGAUUUUUAAAGUGUUUCAAUGCUCAUUUAACCAUUUUUAUGGACUUCUGCAAAUAUUUGUAAAAUGUUGCACAAUCCCAAAUUUUGCAGACUUACUGGGUUAAGAAUUCUAACCAAGCACAUUUUUAAACCAAAAUCUAUGUUCUUUUGACUUAAUGUACACAUGAACCAUGUUAUUAAAGUUCAUGUUGUGAUUUCACCACUCUACUGUCAUCUGUUAAUCUCCCCUUAACAGCACCAGUAGGGACCUUUUUAACUAAUGUUAAAAUGUUGAGCUUCAGCUGUAGAAUAUUCAAGUGUUUUUACUUUAGAGACAUCAGUGUUUGGAAAUU